CAAGGAAGAAGAAGAAGAGCGGAACAAAAGUGCAACUUUUUGUUUCUGCCGGUUUACAAAAACGACGUGCAGGCGCUUUACUUCAAAACAUUAUGGCGUCGAGAAGAUCAACAGUGCCAACUAGUCUUAAAAGUGUCUCUACCGACGCUAAAAGCUCGAAAGGUGGCAACAAUGCAAAUAAAGCCAAUAACAGUGGAACUGGAAAGAAAAGUGUGAAAUCAACUGGGACUAUUGUCAAGUCUCGUUAUAUGCAGGCUGCUGAGAGGUCAUCACUGUCAAAGAGCAACUCACUGACCAACGAGUCUAUUGCUGUGCCACCGAGGCCUUCCUCACCUAAACCCGGUGGUGUCAAACCAAAGGUGGGCACUCCACCGAGACGUUCGAUGGCCCCACAGGCUCUUGCAGCAUCGAUGAUGUCACGUGAAACUGAGCAGUCACUUCUGGGGAAAAGUGUUCUGCAGUCCACUUUCUCUGAUGGACACUGCUUUCGACCAGAUUUUGAUAUUUCAGUCAUUAAAGAUAAAACUAUAAUUGAAAAUGCAGUUGAACCUGAGAGAAAUUUAGAGAAUGAGAAGAAGCUCAUUGAGAUGCAAACAUUCCUACUGGCCUACCUUACAGCUAAGAUGGAGAGCAAUACUGAAAAGCUCAAGGCUGAGGCAGAGGCAAGGAUUCUGCAAGAGAUGGAGGAAGACGAAGCGCUGCAUAAUGAGGUCCUGAAAAAGAAGCGGCAAUACCUCUUCAUGGAGCAGGAGAGGCUUGUGAAUGAGGUGCUGGAUUUGCAGAUUGCUGCAUUGACCCCUGUGGUAGAAGCUGCUGAGCAGUUCACAAAGGACUACAAAUCUUUCGCCACAGCUGUUGACACCACCCGACAUGAGCUGCCUGUCAAGAAUUUCUACAUUGACGGGGACAGAAGGGGAUUUCUAGAGAAAGCUGAGACUUGCCUGAAGGAAAGUGAGAAGUUGCUUUUGGAGUUCACAGAUGGGGAUCAUAAAGACAACAGUGCUUCUCUAGAGUGCCUUAGGGACAUGAAACUGACAUCAAAGGACAUCACUCACCAGCUAUCGGGUGCCUUUUCAGAGCUGCUGGAGCUGUCAUCACUGGUCUGCCGCCAUACAAUCUGUGUCCAGCAGUCCAUGGAGGAGGAACAGCUUGGCCAUACAAGAACCCAUGAGCUCUUCUGCCCCAAACAGUAAAGGAUUACCACACAGCAUGGGAUACACAAUACUUGCACUUUGGAUGCCUCCUCCACUUUUUUUCCCCCCAGUUAUUUGUUCCAUUUGAAUUUAUGUAUACUGUCUGAUUUCUGUUCUUGCCUCUUUAUUAUGAGAUAAUGUUGAAUAAUGGCUGAUACUGUGUCAGAGAUGUAGUGUUGUUAAUAAAUAGAACAAAAAAAUAAUGAAAAAACAUAAA